UCCACUUAUCCAUCAACUUCAACUACGAUAUUUAUAAUAUUCAUACACAAAUAUACUAUUUAUUUAUUUUUUUAGAGCUGACAAACAACAUUAGCUAAACGGAGUAAAAUAAAUAAAUAAAACUGAAAAUAUACUACUCCUAAUUUGUAAUUCAAAAUCAGACGUCAUUAUAAUUUUGCAUCUACAUAUAUACAGUGGCAGUAGUAUUCUUCACUCUCCCCACUUGCUAUCUUCUCUCCGCAGAUCAGAUCUGAUCCGAUCCCUCACAACACAGAUCUGUCGUUUUAGUUCGUAGAAAACUAUUAUUUGUGCUGCUGAUAAACGGAUGUCCACAUCGUGAAGGAAGUUGAAUUCCAAUCUUCACAGAGGAAAUGGGUCGUGGAGUUAGCAGUGGUGGAGGGCAGAGUUCUCUGGGCUACCUUUUUGGAAGUGGGGAAGCACCUGCUCCAAAACCUGCCACGAACAAUGGGCAGGCACCUGUUGAGAAGCCAGCCCCAGUUACUCGUGUGAUACCAGAGAAGCAGCCUUCUGCUGCACCAUCUUCUGCACCAUCUGGUGACGCUCCAAAGCAGAUUCCUGCUGGUAUCCAGGGAAAUCAGAAGAAUAACUAUUACCGUGCUGAUGGCCAGAACACUGGGAACUUCCUCACGGAUCGACCUUCUACUAAAGUCCAUGCGGCCCCAGGUGGUGGAUCUUCCUUGGGAUACCUCUUUGGAGGUGGCAGCAACUAGUGCAUUUGGUUCAUCAAAUUCAACAACGAGAUUGUUGUCUACUGUGUCUAGGCCCCAUUCAAAAUGGGGGCUAACAAUAUGUUCCAUCUUCAGUUCUUGAGACAUUGUGAAUUGUACUAUGGUUUACCUUUCUUGUGUCGUAAAUCGUGCUUGCUUAAAGUUACAUGGUAUGCCUUAGAUGAUGUUUCGAGCUGUUGUUGAAGCUAAUGGCAAAAUAGUGUUUCUGCUCU